AUGCCUGAUGCUUACUACCCUUAUAGCUUGUUGCAUGUUAAAACCCACAUCAAACACAGAGCUCGUAAAAUGUGCGUAUCAGCCAAUAGGCUGUGGCUGUGCCUGUAAGAUGCUCUGAAGAAGGACGUGCUUCCUGAAAAGUCAGAACUGCAAAGGUGCACCAGCGUGGAAGGCUUGCAUCCAUCGGAUGCGCUGGAGCAGCAAGUUGCGGUCUUGAUUCUUGCGGCAGGGAUCCAGCCAUCAGGAGAUCGCUCCCUUGGAAUCAUAUCUUCACAAAGCCAUCGGAAAGAUGCAGGAUUCCAUUGAUAUUUUGAACCAUACGGGCAAGGCUUUCAGGGAGAUGCUGGGCAGUGAAAUAGAAGGCUUCUUCCAUGCACUCUACGAGCGUUUCUGAAAAUUUAAGGGUAUUGUUGGAAUGUACACCUGCACAUAUGGGCUGUUACGACGUAUCGAUUGGGACAAGAUACUUCAAAUCUUGAAUCUGUAUUUGCAUGCUGUCCUGUAAAAUUGGAGAUUCUGGAUCGAGUAUACUGUGUUAUUUUCAAA